AAGAGCCAAUGUAUGCCCGUGAUAACCACCAUCAUAGCUUCCAUACUCCAUUGGUUGGUGAGAAACAACUGCUCAACUCUGAUUUGAACCAAUCACCACUUCAUCAGAAUUACAAGUAUUCAGAUGCAGAUGUAUUCUCUAAGAAGAGAAAGAACUUGUGUCAUUUGAUAGCAGAAACAUCGUCUCGUGAAGUUAAACAACUUUCUUUGAAGGGGUUAGACUUGUUAUUAUUGUUGUUUUCAUGUUCUGCUACUUUUUCAUGCAUCUUAAAUAGAUUAAAGAUUUUCCUCAGGCAGGAUUUAGUGACUGCACUGCUCAGUCGGCUGUUUCCUCAAGGCAAUGAAAACAAUCUUCGCAGGACAGAAAAGCCAAAGGUAACUAAAUCAAGCAUUCAUCCAGAAUCACUUACCUAUUAUACUAGCAAGGAAAUUGGAUGGGAGGAUUGUCAAAGUGAUCCCAUGAUGGGUAAAGAUGAUUUAAGCAAGGAAAUUGGAUGGGAGGAUUGUCAAAGUGAUCCCAUGAUGGGUAAAGAUGAUUUAAGCAAGGAAAUUGGAUGGGAGGAUUGUCAAAGUGAUCCCAUGAUGGGUAAAGAUGAUUUAUGGUUAUCGGUGGAUAAUUCUCCUCUUGAAUGUGAUUCUAGAAGAUCAAGAGAGAAAUAUCUACCCAAAUGGGGUACAACAUCUAUUUUGCAACCAAGAUCGCGUAAUGGAGAUAUAUUCAAAUUCAACCACCAUUGUGAUGCAAUGAUACCCGGUGUGUCUGAUUUUGAUAGAUCUCACUAUAGUUUUGAUGUUGACAACUAUAAUCUUGAAGGUGAAUAUCAACAGCAUAAACAAUCAAGAGACAUAACAGGAUGGGAUGCUGCUGUAGAUUAUCAGCCACCUUUGACCAGGCUUUGGGAAAGAUUUUGUAAUGAAAGCAAGAUUACAAGAUAUGAUUAUUUUGAUCAUAGAUUGACAUCAUCAAUUGAAAAAUACUCUAGACCGUACACUGGAACUUAUGAAUGGUUUGGGGAUUUCGGAUCAACAACUUAUUUCAAACAGCCAACUGAGGUUUUGGAUAGACGUGUAUUGACAGUUGGAAGAGAGUCAAGCUUGCCUCUAUUGGGUUGGGAUUAUGAGAAUUCAACCACUGAAAGUGAACAGAUGAGCUUCUUUCCUCAACUGCCUGCUUCAUCAACUGGUGGUUGUAAUAUUCCUCCUGACUGGUCUGUGAAUGAUGAGCUGCACCAUCAGACAUUUGUUUACCGUUAUCCCUUGACAUUUAAUACCCCAUUGCUUCCAUAUUAUCAUUCAAUGGAAGACCUUCAGCCUCAGUAUCCAGGAAGAAGAGAUUAUCUAAUAUGUGGAGAAGAAGAAGAUGAGAUUUCAGACUUUGUCAACGUAGCAACAGAUGAUCAAAGCAGCUCUCCAGGUAUAUUUUCAUCAAUGGUUGUUCUUUGUUGAUAUAUGCUUCAAAGCCUUCAAUAACUAAGGCUAUAAUAAUAA